AUGGCAUGUGUUCAGGAUCGUGCCGGCAAUGCCGCUUCAACGCUAAAUCGCUUUGCGAAGCGCGACCCCCAGCUUUAUCCGGCAAGUGACAGGAUGUAUUUAUUCGGUAUCAUGCUCGGAGUUCUGGGUGUAGCUGGAUACUUCAUGGCCAACAAGGGAGCCAAAGAGCACGCCAAUCCGAAUCGCAAUCUUCGUCAAACUUCGAAAUCUGAGAAACAAAAAGUAUUUGGUGCAAAGACCCAGGACUGGAAGGAGCAUUACCGAAGGACGCGCGUAGUAGUCAACUUUACCGGUAAUGGACUCCAGACGCAUCCACGAGCAAUGACGACUGGGUACGAGUCUGGGCACGUUCUACUUAUGAACCCAGCCGCUGCCUUGCUCAGUGAACUUCUAUCCUGGGGAUAUUCGCUUAGAGUGCCCGAGCAACAAACCCUCCGAGUCCAUCGGUCACCAAAGCGCGUAGCUGUCAUUGGUGCCGGAACAUCAGGUCUCUCGUUCCUCAAAGUCGUCAAAGACUAUAAAAGGGGGUAUGAUCUCGACUGGGACAUCGUCCUGUUUGAGAAACGUCACGAUGUAGGCGACCAUAAAAAGAGAGCGAGCUCAAAGAAGACUUUGAACAAAAAAUCAAAUGGCAGCCUAAGGCUCGCUGCCCAUUGA